GGCCAAUUGAUACUAAAGUAUUUGCAGUUCCACGUGUGUGCCAUUGCGGUGUGAGCUCAAGAAUACCCUUAAUAAUCACUAAAAAAACAACAUUGAUUAAAUUUCUUUACUACAGGAGGAUGCAGCGGAUAGUAAAACCUAAGAAUCAACGAGUCAAAAGGGCUCUUGAAAAGAGAGACCCAAAGCUGGUUGAAAACACCAAGACCUCGUUGAUGAUUCGAGGUGGUCAUACCAGUGAGAGGAUAACAGCAUUGCUUACAGAGUUACACAUGCUCAGGAAACCACACAGUCAAAUGUUAAAGAGAAAAAACAUCAUGCGUCCAUUUGAAGAUCAGACUUCUUUGGAGUUCAUGGCACAGAAGAACGAUGCCUCACUGUUUGCUUUUGGUUCUCAUUCCAAGAAAAGACCCCAUAACCUGGUCUUUGGUCGAAUGUUUGAGUAUCAUACGCUGGAUAUGAUAGAACUUGGUGUUGAGAACUUCAAAUCUAUGCAUUCAUUUAAGACAUCAAAGUGUACAUCUGGGACUAAGCCUUGUCUGAUGUUUACUGGAGAGCUGUUUGAUAAUGAUCAUAUACACCAGAAGCUUAAGAACUUACUCAUAGAUUUUUUCCGUGGUCCAGUAGUAGAUGCUGUUAGAUUAGGUGGAAUGGAAUGUGUGCUCAGUUUUACAGCUAUUGAUGGGAAGAUCCUCAUGAGGAGUUACAAAGUCUUGUUGAAGAAAUCGGGGAGCCGAACUCCUCGCGUAGAGCUGACGGAGAUAGGCCCAUCUUUAGACUUGGUCCUAAGAAGAAAUAGACUGGCUUCACAAGAUCUAUUCAAGAGAGCUUGCAAGAAACCCAAGGCCCUCAAGCCAAAGAAGAAGAAAAACAUCAGCCAUGACGUUUUUAAGACCAUGCACGGUAGAGUACACAUGGAGAAACAAGUCUUGGCCAAGCUACAGAUCAGGAAGGUCAAAGCCCUCAAGAGGACAAAGGAACAAACAGAAGACAACAAGAGUGAUGUAAAGAAGAAAAGGAAAGAAUGAUCAAUUAGAGUGAACACACUAGAACUUGAUGACAAGCAUGGAUAAUAUAUUUGCCUGAACUUAAAGUCUGUCUGUUUUGACUUUGCAAAUGGAUUAUUUGCUGACACCUGUCUCUGUGAAAAGCAAUGGGAUAAUCUGAUGUAUAGCUUCAUCUUCGGGGAUCAGCCAAUUUAAGACUGUCCCAUCAAACAGAAUCAAAUGCAUUCCUUUUAUAGCUUGAUCCUGGUAUUGCCAGACCAGAGAUAGUGAGGUAAAUUAAUAUCGAAUGAGGCGUGGAAAAGAAAGCAAUUAGGGUGACACAACAAAUGCUCCUGCGACAAUUACUCCUGGCUUAAUUUCGUCUACGAUGUAAGGUUAGGGUUUUUAGUGUUGAGUCCUACAUGUACAAAAGCUUUAUGAAACCUUAUUGUUGGUAGGUGAGACAAGCAGUAGUAAAGCAUUGAUAAAUGUUACUGGAAGGAAUGAGUUUGGCAAACUAUUAUUAACAUGGUGAGAGAAUACAUGAUGGCUCAGCUGAAAUUUUGGCUACCUGGGAGCUGUAACACAAAACUUAACAAUUGAUCAAAGGAUCAAAUUGAUGGUAAAGUUACCAAAGGUCACUUGCGGGUCAUUGAACUUGUAUCAACAUAGGCUGGGAGACCUCAGAGGCCCCCCCCCCCCAAAAAAAAGAGAAAAAUUUUAGCGAUCCGCUCGCUGA